AGAAUAUGGCGGACCAAAAUAACAAGGGCGCUAAAAGAUUAUUUUCAUUUACUUACAUAAAUCAGUGAUCCGGUAAAUAAAUUGUGUGAUACAAACUUUAAAGUGCAUGUUUUGUUUAUAUAUUGUAACACCGUUUGGACAAAAGUGUAUCAGUGGUGUCAGAAGUUUGAUUUUUGCCUACUCCAGAAAUCGCACGAUUUGAGAUGUAAAUAUUACGAUUAUUGUGCAUCGCAUUUGGAUUCAUAAUGUCGGCGAUAAAAGUUAAUUUUGAAAUUGGACACGAAGCUUCUUUACGGUCCAAAAAAACUCCUGAAGGAUUCACUCAUGACUGGGAAGUUUUCGUACGCGGGCAAGAAGGAGCCGAUAUCAGUCACUUUGUGGAUAAAGUCGUAUUUCAUCUUCACGAAACUUUUCCCAAACCCAGAAGAGUCGUGAAGGAACCACCAUUCUCUAUCAAAGAAUCAGGAUAUGCAGGAUUUAUAUUUCCCAUUGAAAUAUACUUAAAAAAUAAAGAUGAACCGAAGAAAAUCAAGUUUACUUAUGAUUUUACUUUACAACAAUGUGGAUUUUUGAAAGAUCGUUAUAUUUUUCAAAAUCCAAAUGAUGAAUUCAAAAAGAAGCUAUUAAAAGGUGGAGGAAUUCCUAUUGUUAACAAUGCCUACUAUACAAAUCCAGAUCAAGAAAGCCGCAGUAGAGACUCGUUUAGCGAUGAAAAACCACAACUCACCAGCAAACCAAAGCUGUCUUCCGAUAAUCCCAAAAAGCAUAAAUCUAAAGAACAUAAAGAUGAAUUACCACAUAGAACUAGUGGUUUUGAAAAACUAUUUGGUCCACCGAUACUAAAGCCACCUAAAGUAUCACCCGAUCCUAAGAAAAUCGAAACAAGUACUUCAUUACCUAAACCAGAUAAAAAAGACAAGGAACGGUCAAGUUCAGAUAAAAAGUCUAAGCAUGAGCACAAAGAAGUAAAACCUGAAAAAAGUAAAACUAAGGAUGAAAAAGAUAAAGUGAAAGCCCACAAGGUAAAAAGUCACACGAAGGAUCAGGAAAGACCCAAAGAAAAACCUCAAGUUGCUAAAAGACCGAAUGAAAGGCCACCCUCACCUGAACCAGCUAAAAAGCGGUGUCUUAGCCCGGUCAGGAAGGCAGCUAGUCCUCCUCCUCGCUCCAGCAGUGCAACCAGCUUCAAAGAAGAGUUCAAGCCCUCCAAGCAUAUUUCAGAAAGCGUAGAACAUAAGAAACAAAAAGUUGAAGAAAAACCAUCAGAAAUUAAAGUAGAGAAAGAAGUAAAAGAGAAAAAGAAGAAAGAAAAGAAAAGUCACGACAGAGAUAAAGAAAGGAAAGAGAAGAGAGAGCAUAAAAAAGAAAAAGAAAGUCAUAAAAAUAAAGAUUCACCAAAAUUAUCUUUUGAACCACCUCCAAAAGAAAUUGUCAAGGAAUCAAUAAAACCAAGAGAAGUUCCUAAAGAAAAAGAACAAGCGAAAGAAUCGCCUCCUGUUAAAGAACUGAAAGAAAAGCAAUCCAAACCUGAAAAACCUGUAAACAAAUUUUCAAUUGAGAAUCUUAGAAAGACACCACCAGAAAAUAUAGAAAGACCUGAAAGUCAAAAAUCAAAAGAGAAAGAAUCUGGUAAACAUAAACAUAAGAAGAAAGACAAAAAACGUGAUGAAUCAAAAGAAAAACAUAAAGAGUCUAGCAAGGAGAAAAAACAUAAACAUGACAAGAAUAGAGAAGUGCCCAUUGAAAAACCUGAAGUUGUGGAGCGCAGAGAAACUCCAAUACCUAAAGAACGGCCUUUACCAGACCCAGGAUCUCCAAUAUCUAUUGAUACAGCGUCACAAUGUAGUUCAAAGAGUGGAAUAGUUAAGGUUUCCCAUCUGGGGAUCGAAGACGUUCAUAGCAGUCACUCUGAUUCUGAAUGUUCCAUAAUAGCUGAUGAUGAAGAAACCAAGGUUAAAGUUGAAAAUCCGUCACCGGAGCCACUCAAACGUGAACCAACCCCGGAGCCGGAACCCGAUCCCGAGCCUGAAGUCAUAGAGCCCGUGGUGGAAGCGCCUCCACCGCAAAAGGAGAAAUCUAAAAAACACAAAGACAAGUCGUCGAAAAGGGAAGAAAAGAGGCGCAAACGGAAAGCGGCCGAGGAGGAGGAAGCGGAGAAUAGAAAAAUGGCCAAGACCUCGGACUCGGCGCCCGCCAACAACGAGCACGAGCGCGGCGAGAGCAGCGGCUCCGCGUCCGUCGAGACCAAGGUCCAGGACAACGGAGUGUCGAGCAGCCUCGGCGAGGACGCGGAGCCCGGCGACCUCUCCCCCGAGUACAUGGGGCAGCUGCGGGACCUGCAGAAGCGCAUUAUGACCAUCAACAAUAACGAAGAUCUGGAACGCGUUGUGAACCUCAUAGCAGAGACCGGCAAAUACGAAGUGACCACUCAGACUUUUGAUUUCGAUUUGUGUUUGCUGGAUCGUUCGACCGUGCAACAGCUUAUACAGCUGGUAGGUUGCUAGCCGAAAACUGUUAUAAAUGUAAACUUUAAUUUUAUGCCACAGAUGAACUCGUAGCAAAUUGUACAGAGUUAUAGCCUUUGUUAAGACUUAAUGUAAUUUUAGGAAUCGAUUGAGAAAGUUUUUACAUUUCGUUACUAGGUGUGCUAUGAGGAUCACUCAAGUCUGUGCCAGUUUUAUCCAAACUGUAUGUCGGCUAGUAAUAAUCUCAACAAGUUAUGUAAUUAAAUUGAUAACUACAUACUACUCUAGUUACGAGUUUUAAGUGCAAUACUGUAUAGGUAUCUAAAGUAUAAGACUGUUGAAAGAUUGUUAUAACAUAAUGUAUAUUUUGUACAUUAUUAUAUUGAUCUUAAUGUAAGUGACAAAUUAAAAGAGUUUUUAAUUAACUAACCUCUGCAGCCAGGAUAUGACUGUAUGCAUGGUUAUGUUAAAAAUUGUAAUAUAGCUACUUUAAUGUUACAUCUCAUUUUUGAGUUUAUUUUUUAAGGAUAUGUGACAUAACACAAAUCAAAAAAGCGUUAAUCUUAAGUUGUUACGUAAUUUUAUGCACAUAUUUUUAACUAAGGUUUUCCUAUACCUAUAUCAUUAUUUGAUACAUUGCAAUAUUGCAUAAUAUUUUAAGACAGAGGUAAAAGUUUAAGAUUCUCGGAAAUUGUCUAAAACAUUUAUGUGCUCAUUUUGGCUAUGGUUUGGAUUCGCAUGUGUAUAUUGUUUGUUACAUAACUUAUUUUUUUAUUUAAAUUAGUAUUUUAGCAAUACACAUUACUUAUACUAAAUAUAUAGAGUGAAAAAUCA